AUGACCUCCAUAUUUAACCUAGCACUCAAGGGAACUCUCAGCGCGAGUGACCUAGUUGGCAAAGAAAAAGAAAUCGAUAAAGUGGAUGAGAAAACGUUGUACACUCCCCUUGGCGCAGCUGUACACGCGAAUCGCAAAGAUAACAUCAAAUUACUGCUCGCACAUGGUGCUUACCCAGAUGGCGCGCCUGGCUCACGUCCACCUCUUUGGAUCGCAGCAGCAAGAACAAAGGGUCACAUCGGCGACAUUGUCGAGACACUUAUUGCUCACAAAGUGGACGUGAAGAAGGCGGAUCCUCAUGUCAAUGACACUGCGCUGCAUGCCAUUGUACAGAGAUACCGGAAUGAAGAUGAUCUGGACGUAAUCGAAGCUCUUGUAAAUGCAGGUGCAGAUCCAAAAGCAACGAACCAAAGGGGAGAAUCGGCAGAGUCGCUGGCAACUAAGCGCAACGACAAGAAACUAUUGGCUAUCUUGGCUCCUGAAAAACGCAAGAAAAUUCACACCAAAGAUGUCCUCAUGAUCGCAUCUCUCAUCAUGUUCGCUGUUUCGUGGGCGAACCGGAGUAACCCUCUCGUGAAGAUCACCGCUGCUGCCGUUGGGACAGCUGCGGCAGUCGGCUCUCAGUUCUAUAGCCCUAUCAUGAAAAGAUUCAAGAUGCUGGGCCGGCGAAGCAAAAAGGUUCCACAUCAUGUUGCCGAGAAACUCGAAAAGGCAGCAACUGCAGAGGCCUUCAAAAAGGAGAUGCACAACUAUAUCAAAGACGCUCAUUUAGACCAAUUCUUCAAGGACGAUAAGUUCUUGAACCAUGUCAUCUCAAAAGCCGUGGACAUGGAAUCAGACUCAAAAACGACCGUCAAUGUACGCGACUUGACCCGUCUCGCACUUUAUCAGCCGGUACUUUACUGCGAUGAUAGUGGUUCAAUGAAUCAAGAUAACCGGAUCCAGGUCCAGGCCGACCUUGGCAAGCGGAUCACCAGUCUGACCACGAGGCUUGUCCCAGAAGACACUGGUAUUGAACUGCGAUUCAUCAAUGCCCCAAAUGAGCUGCGCAUGUCGAAACCUAGCAGCAACCUAGUCAACGAUAUUUUGUUGAAUAUCCCGUAUAGUGGACCGACCGAAAUUGGAAUGAACUGCAAGGCAAAGAUCCUGGAAGAAGUCGUCUAUGGGCCGAUAAGGGAAGGCAAAUUUGACCGCCCAGUAUUAGUCUCCAUUCUUACUGAUGGCUGUCCCGGCGGACCAGAGGGAAGUGAUGAGAGGCAGGAUACUUUGAAAGAGGCCAUUUUAGAAUGCGGUACAUUUCUCGAGUUUCACAAAUACAACAAGAAAGUUGUUCGUUUUCAAAUCAGCCAGAUUGGACAUGAUGAAUCAUCCAAAGAUUUCAUCAAGAGCCUGGCCUUGGAUCCCGCGUUAAGCGAUGUCUUGUACUGUACUACUCGGCAUUUAGAUGAUGAGUUCAAGGACUUUCGAGAUAAUGAACAUCGACUAGAGCAAUGGCUCUUGGCCUUAUUGAUGGAGCCAAUUACCAAAGCCGACUAA